ACCAACUUUGCUACACGUCUGCAUACCACAUAAUGCGUUUUAUCCCCGUGCUCUCUGGACUAGCUGCUUUGUGUAGCGCUGCGUAUAUAACUCCUCAGACCCUGAGUGGCGAGCAGUACAUGUGCUUGAGGCGCCACUGGCCAGCCAACACGGACCGCAUCUUGGAGGUCGUGAAAAUUUCGAUAGCCACAUACCCAAACGAAGCGCCGCUGCUUGAUGAUAUGCUAGAUGAAGACGGCAAACUUACAAGCUACCCGUCCAAGGAUCAGCUCGAGCGGCUAGUGGCCUGGAUUGGCAUUAACAAGGGAAUCCUGCCAACCAUCUCGGCAUGCGUGUGAGUUUGCAGCAUAGGGAUAG